AUGUCAUUCUCCCUCGAUGUCUUGUUUUACACACCGAUUGUGUUCGUAUUGUUGUAUAUUCUGGUGAAUCUGUUAGUGAAGGCUCCUAGAAAUGUUUGCAUUGUUGUUCUUGGCGACAUAGGACGCAGCCCACGGAUGCAGUAUCACGCCUUGAGUUUUGCAAGAGAAGGUUUUCGCGUCUAUCUCGUCGGUUAUCCAGGUUCCACACCCCACAAAGAUGUUCUACAGAAUGAAAAUAUUGAGAUUUUUCAUGUGCGUGAACCACCCCGUGUUUUAGCAAAAAUUCCACGAUUGCUUGGUUACUUUUUGAAAGUGAUAUGGCAGUCAACUUUCCUGGCAUGGACACUUCUGCUGCUUCCAAACAUGUCUUCCAUAUUCAUCCAGAAUCCACCAUCAAUACCAACCAUGCUAGUCUCUUACAUUGUGUGUAAGAUUCGCUUCUGUGACCUGGUGAUUGACUGGCACAAUUAUGGCUACACCAUUCUUUCCUUAGCUUUGAAACCUGAACAUCCAUUGGUCAGAUUUGCCAAAUGGUAUGAAGAAAAAUGUGGCAGGCUGGCAUUAUACAAUCUUUGUGUUACCCAGGCCAUGAAACAGGAUUUAGAGUCCAACUGGAAAAUUCGGUCACUGGCAGUACAUGACCGCCCUGCAGAUGUGUUCAGGUCUAUAGAUGUCACGCAACAACAUGAGUUAUUUACACGACUGGGGGCAGAGCACUCCAUAUUUCUGUCCAGUGAGAAUGCGCCACACUGCACCAGGUUUACACAGAAACUUGCUAAUGGGACUGUGGUGAAAGUCAACGAUCGACCAGCUAUCCUGGUCAGCAGUACUAGCUGGACAGAGGAUGAAGAUUUCAGUAUAUUAUUGGAUGCCCUAGAAAAAUAUGACCAGAAAGACACAGUGGGAAAUGACUCCUGCUCACUUCCUGAUUUAGUUUGUGUCAUCACAGGGAAAGGACCACAGAAAACUUACUACAAUGAACAAAUUGCCAAGAAGGAAUGGAGAAAAGUCCAGUUUUGCUUACCUUGGCUGACUGCAGAAGAUUAUCCGCUGAUGCUCGGCUCGGCUGACAUCGGUGUUUGCCUUCACAAGUCCUCCAGUGGCCUAGAUCUUCCCAUGAAAGUGGUUGACAUGUUCGGAUGUGGAUUGCCAGUCUGUGCUGUCAACUUCAACUGUAUUGGUGAGUUAGUUCAGCAUGAGAAAAAUGGUCUCAUCUUCAAUGACAGCCAGGAGCUUGUUCAACAGCUGACAGAUCUGCUGGCAGGCUUUCCUAGGAAGAAUGACAAACUGAGUCAAUUUCGCAAAAACCUGGUCUCAUUUCAAGAGCUGAGAUGGCAUCAGCAGUGGAAGAAGCUUGUUCUACCCAUCUUUUUAAGAAUUGGCAAGAUCGCAGAACCUGCUUUUAGCAUUCCAGAUCUGUUUGGGGAACAGCAGAACAACAGAGAUGUAGCCAGGAACAGCCAGAAUGUUGAGAGUAAAAAGGCUAAAUGA